GGAAGGUCCAGGCUGGGACACCUGGGUCUCUGGGCAGUGUCUGCAGACAUGACCAGGGCUGGCGGGGGCCUCAGGGCCUGGGGGAGCCUGGUGCUGCUGGCACUGUGACUCACAGGGUCUGGGCCGAGGACAGGAGGGGCACUGGCUGGCAGCCUCACCUGGUCCAGGGAGGCGAGGUUCGUGUCUGACUCCUGCUCUGGGCUGUCUCCAGGGCAUGUGCAGCUGGACAGGGGCCAGGGCAGCUGCCCUGCCCCCCGUCACCAACCUGACUGUGAAGGCCUGGACCACGAGCUCCAUCACCCUGCGCUGGGAGGCUCCCAGUGGCCUGGACCAGCAGAACUACACCUACUGGGUCCGCUGGACUGGACAGAGUGACAAAACCGAGACCCGAAACACGACAGACACCAUUUUCACAGCCGAGGGACUGGACCCCGGGUCCUCCUAUGAAUUUUCCGUGUGGGUGGAGAAGGACGGAGCCAAUAGCUCUGAGGAGACCCUCAAUGCCACCACAGCCCCCAACCCCGUCAGGAACCUGGGUGUGGAGACCCAGACCACCAGCUCCAUCACCCUGAGGUGGGAGGUGCCCGAAGGCCCUGACCCUCAGGGCUACACCUACUGGGUCCAGUGCACUGGAGAUGGAGGCACAUCUGAGACCAGAAGCACAACCAACACCAGUGUCUCAGUGGAAGGUCUGGAACCCGGGACCUUGUACGAAUUCUCUGUGUGGGCGGAGGCGAAUGGUGUUCCUGGCUCCAACCAGACCCUCAACAGCUCCACAGCCCCCAACCCCGUCAGGAACCUGGGUGUGGAGACCCAGACCACCAGCUCCAUCACCCUGAGGUGGGAGGUGCCCGAAGGCCCUGACCCUCAGGGCUACACCUACUGGGUCCAGUGCACUGGAGAUGGAGGCACAUCUGAGACCAGAAGCACAACCAACACCAGUGUCUCAGUGGAAGGUCUGGAACCCGGGACCUUGUACGAAUUCUCUGUGUGGGCGGAGGCGAAUGGUGUUCCUGGCUCCAACCAGACCCUCAACAGCUCCACAGCCCCCAACCCCGUCAGGAACCUGGGUGUGGAGACCCAGACCACCAGCUCCAUCACCCUGAGGUGGGAGGUGCCCGAAGGCCCUGACCCUCAGGGCUACACCUACUGGGUCCAGUGCACUGGAGAUGGAGGCACAUCUGAGACCAGAAGCACAACCAACACCAGUGUCUCAGUGGAAGGUCUGGAACCCGGGACCUUGUACGAAUUCUCUGUGUGGGCGGAGGCGAAUGGUGUUCCUGGCUCCAACCAGACCCUCAACAGCUCCACAGCCCCCAACCCCGUCAGGAACCUGGGUGUGGAGACCCAGACCACCAGCUCCAUCACCCUGAGGUGGGAGGUGCCCGAAGGCCCUGACCCUCAGGGCUACACCUACUGGGUCCAGUGCACUGGAGAUGGAGGCACAUCUGAGACCAGAAGCACAACCAACACCAGUGUCUCAGUGGAAGGUCUGGAACCCGGGACCUUGUACGAAUUCUCUGUGUGGGCGGAGGCGAAUGGCGUUCCUGGCUCCAACCAGACCCUCAACAGCUCCACAGUCCCCAAUGCAGUGACAAGUCUCAGGGUGGAAGACUGGACCAACAGCUCCCUCACCCUGAGCUGGACCGCUCCCCAGGGCCCACCUCACCCUCCCUACACCUACUCGGUCUCAUGGGUCGAGGAGGGCACUCCUGCCUCUGGGACCCGUCACACCCUAGACACCCGGGUGGUGCUGGAGCUGGAAGCUGGGAGCCUGUACACCUUCACUGUCUGGGCAGAGAGGAAUGGAGCCAGCAGUGACAACAGGACCCUCACCGGGGCCACUGCUCCCAGCGAGGUCACAGGCCUGCAGAACGAAACGCAGACCAGCACCUCAGUCACCCUGCAGUGGGAGGCCCCCGCAGACCCCCACUCUCAGCUCUACGUAUUCUGGGUCCAGUGGGUCAGUGGAGGACAUCCCCAGGGAGAGCAAGGCCCCCAAGGACGUCAGGCCAACCAGACGGGCAAGACCAAUGAGACUCGGUUCGAGGUGGAGGCCCUGGAACCCGGGACUCUGUACAACUUCAGCGUGUGGGCAGAGAGGAACAACGUAGCCAGUUCCACACGGAGCCUCCGUGCAUCCACAGCUCCGGACCCUGUCACCAUCACCUCCUGCUCCAGUGCCUCAGGGGGCUACAAGGUCGUCGUGACCUGGUCCUGCCCCCCAGGAGGCUAUGAGGCCUUUGAAUUGGAGGUGGGCCGACAGCGGGUCUCCCAGCCCCCCUCUUCCUGUGGGAAGGGCGUGUCAAUGUCAGGACUUGGGCCAGCUAAGUCCUACCCAGCCGUGGUCACCACCCUGUGGGACGGAAUGAGGGCCCAGUCUGCCUCAGUGACCUGCCACACCGAGAGCGCAGGGGUCAUCGCUGGAGCCAUCAUUGGCGUCCUCCUGCUUCUCAUCCUGGUGGGCCUGCUGGUUUUCUUCCUGAAGAGGAGGCAUGAGAAGAAGAUUGAGAAGAGACAGGUACCCAGGGACCUGGUGUUCAGCUUCCCAGGGGACAUCCUGGCUGAGGACUUUGCCGACCACGUCAGGAAAAAUGAGAAGGACAGCUGCUGUGGCUUUGCAGAGGAGUACCAGCAACUGGCCCUGGAGGACCACAGCCAGUCCCAGAUGGUGGCCUCGGCUCCAGAAAACAGUGCCAAGAACCGUUACAGAAACGUGCUGCCCUAUGACUGGUCCCGAGUGCCCCUGACGCCCCUCCGCGGGGAGCCGGGCUCCGAGUACAUCAAUGCCAGCUUCAUACCUGGUCUCUGGAGCCCCCAGGAGUUCAUUGCAGCCCAGGGCCCCCUACCCCAGACGGUGGGCGACUUCUGGCGCCUGGUGUGGGAGCAGCAGAGCCACACUCUGGUCAUGCUGACCAACUGCGUGGAGUCCGGCCGGGUGAAGUGUGCACAUUACUGGCCCCUAGACGCCCAGCCCUGCACCCAUGGGCACCUACAAGUGACCCUGGUGGCUGAGGAGGCGACGGAGAACUGGACAGUGCGAGACAUGAAGCUCCGGCAUAUGCAAGAGCAGAAGGCUUUAUCGGUGCGUCAGUUCCACUUUGUGACCUGGCCGGACCACGGCGUCCCCCACUCCCCAGACCCCCUGCUGGCCUUCUGGAAGAAGCUCCGGCAGUGGCUGGACCAGAGCAUGGGGGGAGGCCCCCCCAUUGUGCACUGCAGCGCUGGCGUGGGCCGCACGGGCACCCUCAUUGCCCUGGACGUCCUGCUGCGGCAGCUGGAGUGUGAGGGUCUCGUGGGGCCCUUCAGCUACGUGAGGAAGAUGAGAGAAAGCCGGCCGCUGAUGGUGCAGACAGAGGCCCAGUACGUGUUCCUACACCAGUGCAUCCUUCGGUUUCUGCAGCAGUCAUCCCCGGCGCCCGUGAAGAAGGGGGCCAUAUAUGAGAACCUAAGUUACGAGAAUGCAGCUGCGACAGAGGCUUAAGUUGGGGGAGGGCUGAGACCCCAGCCCAUCUAGACUCACAUUCCGAAUUCCUCUUCAGCCCAGAUACCUGGACCCCGGGGACAGCACAAGGCUGGGGUCUCAGACCCCUGGGCUCCACAGGAAGAGGGGGCUGGCAGCCUCAACUCCUACUUUCUGGAGGGGGAGGUUAAGUGGGAAGCCAGAUCCUAGAUUUCCAGGUCCUUGAAGAAGGGGAGGGAUGGAAGCCAGGAUUUCCUUUUGUUGUUGCUGUUGUUGUUGUUGUUUGCUUUUUAGAGCUGCACCCAUGCCAUAUGGAAGUUCCCAGGCGAGGGAUCGAAUCAGAGCUGCUGGCCUAUGCCACAGCAACAACAACUCAGGAUCCAAGCUGCAUCUGCGGCCUACACUACAGCUCUCAUGGCAAGGCUGGAUCCCCAGGGCACUGAGCGAAGCCAGAGAUCAAACUUGCAUCCUCAUGGAUACUAGUUGGCUUCGGUUCCACUGCGCCACGAUGGGAACACCCCAGGAUCUCCUUUUUUUGAGAGAAGCUGCAGGGUCCCAGGGAAACAAGCUGGAUUCUGAUGAAGAAAGAAGCAUGAGGGCCCAGAAUUCUGCCUAAGGAGCAAGGGCAGGCAGGACCUGCCCAUCUUUUACACCAGAAACCAAAUCAGUCUUCUGGGAUCUGAGGUUUCCUUGCACCCUGCUGCCUGUACAUAUAUUUUCUUUUAUCCCAUAAUUUAUUAAAUCACUCUUCUCCCCAGAGACACGCA